UGUAACAGAAUAAUAACAACAACAAAAAAAAAGAAGACUAGAGCAUAAAUUAAGGCCGUAAUGUAAGAUGUCGGAUUGUGACAUCAUCGUCUCAUAGGCUUUGCCUCGAUGAUUUACAUGCAAAUGAGGGAUCCAAACAUACUCGGAAUCGCGUCUCCGGACCGAAAAUGGUGAAACCUAGCUUCGGGAGAAAUGGGUCAUGGUCGGACGAAGACGAUGCUAAAACUCUCGCUCCUGCGUCCAAACACGUCCCUAGAAACUCCGUCGCAACGUCUAAGAAAACAGGAAUUAGGAGAUGUGGGAAGAGCUGCAGACUGAGGUGGGCAGAUAACUGUGCUUCCACUUCUCUUAAGCAUGAAAGCUUCACCCCUGAGGAAGAAGAUCUCAUCAUCAGGAUGCAUGCAGCCAUAGGGAGCAGAUGGCCCCUUAUAGCCCAACAAUUGCAAGGAAAGACAGAGAAUGAUGUCAAGAUGUUUUGGAAAUCAAAGCUAAAGAAAAAGCUGACUGAAAUGGGCAUAGAUCCUGUCACUCACCGGCCAUUCUCUCACAUUCUUGCUGAUUACGGCAACAUAAACGGAGAAACCCUAACCCCUAAUCCUUCAGCCCGAAGCGGUUCUCUCAGUCGCAACCUUAGACACCCUCUUUCCUUCUCGAGAUCUGAGAAAGAUUCAGACCCAAAUCAAGUCGGUGAACCGGGCGAUCUCCUAUCUCACUUAGAAGCUAUAAAGUUCAUGACUGUGGCCGCAUCGGCACAAGUGAAGCCAGAGACCUUCUUACCCGAUUUCUACAACGGCCCGCAGGUUCUGCUGUCGUCUUCUGCGUUAUCGGAUUCGUUUUCUUCCUCCUCGUCGACUGCUUCGACGUCUUCCGCUACACCACAAGAGAACACUGACCUGAACUUCAGCUGGUCCGACUUUCUUCUUGAUCAAGAAAUCUUCCCAGAGAAUCAUCAAAAACCCGAGGAACUCGACAAUUCAUUUGCUUAUUUCUCGGAGGCGGUCACUGUCACAACUUCAACUGCGAGUGAGAGCAAUGAAACUAAGCAGAAGAAGGAUGAAAAUCCGAGCAACGGGUUCGUGGAGUCGAUAAUUGCAAAGGAGAAGGAGAUGUAUUUGGGAUUUCCUAGCUAUUACGAGCAGCCCUUGUACGACUGAUCUGUUCGAGUAUAGUUUCUCCUCUUCUCUUCUGCAAAUAAGGAACUCAUAUGAAAGGGAAAUACCAUAAAGGGUUUCAGUAUGAAAUAAAGGAGAAGUGAACACUGCUCCGCCUCCUUGACUCGAUUGAUUGUUGAUUCUUAUUGUGAAAAGAAUGAAUCAAGUCUUGUUUCACUUUGUUACAAGUAUAU